UCCACAAAUCCAAUCCAUUAUUCUGCUUUUCUCUCCGAGCCCAAACCCUAGGCUGGUUCUUCUCUUCUCUCUUCGUAUUACCCUGAUUUAGGGCAAAGGUUUCCGUUUUUUUUUUUUCUUUUAGCAAUUCCCUAAUUUCUUCCUCUCGAUUUCAAUCUUAAACAAAGGAUUUUUCCUCGAAAUCUCGAGAUAAACGAAGAACUUUCUAUCUUUUCUCUAUUUCUUUGAGUUCUCUGGAGUUCCAGAUCUACCGGGAAACGAUCAAAAAUAGUUUUUCCCCAUCUUUACCUCUAUUUCUGGCUUCAUCCAUCUGGCGAUCUUGUCAUAGUUCUUUUAGUUUGGCAUUUGAUCUUCUGGAGUUAGAGCUUCUGCUGGGGUUUCUAGAACUGGAAGGGGGAUUAGGGUUCAGAGAAGGGAGAGCGCUAGGGUUUCUUGCAAAUGAGCCAAGCAGAGAGAUCGCGAAAUCCGUCGGAAGAUGCCACGGCUCCGAAGAUCCCUGCUCCUCUUCUGCCGUCUUUGAACGACAGUGGUGAGAGCUUGGAUGCCACCCCCGCCAUCGAAAAGACUGUUGUGGAGCCCUCAGAGGCUGCCGGACCUCAAGAAGACGCCGCCCCUAAAGUGGAUUCGGUGGCUGUUAGUGCUGCUGAAGAGAAAUCUGAUCCGUUAGAAGUCACAUCUGAAGAAAAGGUUGGAUCUUUGGAAGAUGCUGCAGUCGGAAAUGAACCAGUUAGGCCGGAAGUGCCGUCGAGAAAUGGUGAAGAUCAUAAUGCGAAGAAGGCCGGUUCGUCCGAGGCAACCGAUUGCAGGAGUCUGGUUGUUUCCUUGGAUGCGCCCGAGAAAAGUGCGGGAGGUGGUGAAGUGCUUGAUGCGACCAGCACUGCUGCUGAGAAGAAGACCGACUGCAUUGAGGUCGCCAAUGGCAAUGGACCAGUUGUUGCCUUGGCUGCAUCUGGGAAGAGUCCCGAGAAGAAGGUGGGCAUUCUUCUUGCUGCGGCAAUGAAGAAGUAUGCUGCCCCGCGGUCGUCGAGCUAUCAUGGAGUUACUAAGCUGAAAUGGAGCGGGAAGUUUGAGGCUCAUCUGUGGGACAACACAAGCCAAGUGGAAGGCCGGAAACGGAAAGGCAAACAUGUGUAUCUAGGCAGCUAUGAUUCUGAGGAGAAGGCAGCAAGAGCGCAUGAUCUUGCAGCUCUUAAAUACUGGGGUGCAAGCACAAAUGCCAAACUAAAUUUCCCUGUUUCUGAUUAUGAGAAAGAGAUUGAGACAAUGAAGAACAUGUCCCAGGAAGAGUAUGUUGCCUAUGUACGGAGAAAAAGCAGUUGUUUCUCUAGGGGGGCAUCGAUUUACAGAGGAGUGACGAGACGGAAAGAUGGUAAGUGGCAAGCUCGAAUUGGUCGUGUUGGUGAAAGCAGGGAUGCCAAAGAUAUCUACCUUGGAACCUUUGAUACUGAGGAAGAAGCUGCAGAAGCCUAUGACAUUGCAGCUAUUGAACUGCGAGGUGUGCAUGCUGUGACUAAUUUUGAUAUCAGCAACUACUGUGAGGGAGGUCUUAAGCGGUUAGAAGGGCCCUGCAAGCUUGAGAUGUGAAGGCCUACAGAUGCUUUAUUGGAAGAUAAAUGUAAAUUUUUUUUUUUCAGGCUGCUGACUGUCCAUCACUGCCCGGAUAUUUUCCAGAAUUUUUCAAAUUUGGAUAGUGUUUUGUCAUAAUGUGCACUGCUGUAAUCCGGUUGGGACGUUAAAGGUUUCAAGUCAAUGAUUGAAAGUACUCUUGUUGACUUUGCUUUUUAGAUGAAGUCAGUGUUCUGGAA